UGUCUGUCAGUGUGAUUUGACCCUCCUCGGCCACCAUAGGCUACGUCAGAAGUAAAUAGUGUCAGCUAGCCUCCAGCUAGUUAGCUAGCUAGCUCCCUGUGAAGACAACAUGGCUUUUACUCUCUACUCUCUCAUCCAAGCAGCGAUCCUGUGCGUCAACGCGGUCGCUGUGUUGCACGAAGAAAGAUUUCUGAGUAAAAUUGGCUGGGGAGUAGACCAGAGUGUUGGAGGUUUCGGUGAUGAACCAGGCAUCAAAGUGCAGCUAUUGACCCUUGUCCGCUCUGUGAGGACAGUGAUGAGAGUGCCGUUGAUUGCAGUGAAUGCAGUCUGCAUAGUGCUACUGCUUCUGUUUGGAUGAGGAGGAGCGAGGAAGACGGGACAAACCAGUCUGCUGUCAGGAGAACACCUCCAUCACCUCAGGAAGCCUUUUGCGAAGACAUUUGAUCUCUUUGACACACAAGAUGUCUCCUAUCAGCCUGAACAUGAAUGUUAUCAUUUAAUAUUCCACAUCAAUACAAAGGAUAUUUAUUAAAGGAUGACUUUGGUGUUUUUCAACCUAUUUUCCCAUGUUUUUGUGUCUAAGUGACUAAUGGGGACAAUAAUUUUUUAAACUGGUCCAGUAUUGAGGGAGAGAGCCGUUAAACAAGCUGUAAUGUAAUCAUUUGGGGCAACCUAGCGCCACCAAUUUACGUCUACUUAAAGUGCUUGUUUUUGCCACUGACAGGGUCAGAUUGUUGUAAGUGUCUGACAACAAUAUUGAAAGGAUCCUACAGAGAAAUUAAACGCUUUUCUUCCCUUUUCGUUUGUUAUUGUGUCAUGUGACUUGUCGGUGGAAUGGUGGAAACCUGAGUCAGAGUGGAGAGAGGAGUGCUGGUGUUGUCAGUGUUUGUUGUGUUGGAGUACAGAAAGCAUAGCUUAGUGUCUAAAAGAUUUUCAAUGUCAUGGCUGAAUGUUUUGCUGAUUUCAACAAUGUGAAUUUGACGCAAGAUUUUUGAGCGAGGCUUCUACGAGCAGGACACACAAUAACAAACAGACCGGAUCAAGAGAGAGAUAAGAAGAAUGUUUAAUUUCUCUGUAGGGUCCUUUCCAUAAUGUUGUCAGACACUUAUAUUAACAAUCUGAGCCGGUCAGUGGCAAAAACAAGAACAUUUAGUGGACGUAAAGUUACAGUGCUAGGUUGCCCCAAAUUAUUACAUUACAGCUUGUUUAGUGGCUGGCGGCUGCCGCGUUCUCCCUCAAUCCUGGACCAAUUAAAAAAAUUGUUGUGCCUAUUAAUCACUUUGACACAGAAACAUUGGAAAAUAGGGUCCGGGUUGAAGAAUGCCGAAGUUCUCCUUUAAGGCCUGAUUUAUACAGCACAGUAAUUCAAAAUAAAUACAUGAAGCUAUUUAAAA